GCUGAUUAAAAUCCUGUUUUUAUUUUAAAAUUUUGUCAGAUUAAAGAUGGAGGAGAUGACGGAUAGUAUAGCGGAGAACCAGGCUCAGCUCAGUAUGAUAGAGAUGGCUCUAAAAGGUGAUCCUGGGAACCCUGAACUAAUCCAACUCAAAUCAGAUCUAGAGGCCUUAAUACAGCUUACCAAGGAUAGUUUACAGGAGGAUAGUCAACAGGUUGGGAAGAAAGAAGAUUCUAUUUAUGACGUUGACGACGACGAUGACGAUGAUGAUGAUGUUCAAGUUCUUCAGACUGGAAGUAGUAAAAGUCUUGAAGACGAUUUGUCCAGCCUUGAAGGCGUCAAGGUCUCCGCCCCCUUCUCCACUUCCUAUAGCGGGGUGAGCUACCACAACGCAGUCAUCUUCACAGUGGAGUCACAGGACUUUCAGACCUUUCAGGAAAAGAAUUGUGCAUUAGGGAUGGUUCCGUGUAAACACUUCCUCGAGGAUCGAUGUAAUCGUGAGGACAGAGACUGUAGAUGGAGUCACGGGGAGAAGGUUAACCUCGCUAGUCUCAGAGAGUGGGUGGAGCCAGACUUCUCCGAUCUAGGCCCAGGAGGCGUGGUUCUUGUGCCUCAGGACGACGGAGUUUGGAAGCGUGCUACCAUCCAGGGUAGGGAGGAGCAGUCCUUAAUCUUGAAGUUCGAAGGAUCCAAAUCUGAUCCUUUCUCCCAGAACCUGGAGACAGUGUUUCCAUUAAACUCCGAGGACGGGGUUAACUUUGGAGAAGAGGAUGAAGAUGAUAAGAGUACAAAUGCUCUAGUUCAUGAUACUAUUGAUAGUAUCGAGAAUGAAACCUUUGCUCCUGUAGUAUUAAGUAUAGAGGGUAGGCUGGGGGACUGGGAGAACUACACCAGGGGUGUUGGGAGCGCCCUCAUGUCGAAGAUGGGUUGGACAGGGGGCGGGCUAGGGAAGGAGGGGGAGGGACGGGUUGAACCUGUUCCAGCAAGAUUAUAUCCCCAGGGUAAAUCCUUGGAUUGGUGCAUGGAACGAAGGGAGGAGGCAGGAGGCGGAGAUAUCCUUAAUGUUGAGAAAAUCUUGAAAAAAGAGGCAAAGGAUGCCCAGCGAACAUCUGCACAGCGGGCUAGGAGGGAGAGGGAGAGAGACAAUAGUGCAAAAUCUCUUUUUGAUUUUAUUAAUGUUAAGCUAGGAGGAAGGAAAGGAAAUAUCUCCGAUCUGGUUGGAACUGGAUCUAAAAGUACCAAAGAUGGAGUAGAGAAGAAAAAGAAAACGUUACAAACUGCGUCCAACGAGAACCUCAAGAUUGAAAACUUUAAACUCGGAGAAAAGAUUAGAAUUGCAGAAAAGGAAAUUUUUAGAUUAAAGGAAUCUUGGAAACGGCAUAAAGAGAAAGAUACAAGAACUGCCGAAACUUUUAAAACAAGAAUAGACGAAAAAGAAUUAGAACUCGCCAGAUUGCGGAGUUCUGAAAGAAAAUUAGUUACUGAACAGGGAAAUAGGAAGAGUACGUCAAAACUAUCCAUCUUUUAGAGAAAAAUGUGUUAGAAUUAAACGCUUUUGUGUAAGUGCACAAUUGCUCUGGAUUCAUAAAUGUAUGUAUUUAUGUUAAUGAUUGUCAAGUAAAUUGAAUAUGUAUAUAAAUGUAAGUGAAAUUACA